AUGACCAAAUAUGAAAUCAACGAUCGAAUAUCAACAGUCGACAACAGCCAGACUGCGACGAUACGGUACAUUGGUCAGAUCCCGCAAUGGGGGACCAAAACGCUAGCUUAUGGUGUCGAGUGGGACGAUGCGUCACGUGGCAAGAAUAAUGGCGACUUGGAAGGCAUUCAAUAUUUUCAACCAUUGGUACCUAAUCUGGGGUCCUUCAUCAAAUCGACCAACAAGAACUUUACAUGGCUGAGACGCACGUUUGUCCAGGCUAUUAGAGAAAUUUAUCUUGAUGCCGAGUAUCAAAACCGGGAAAUUCAAAUCGGGACCAAGAUUGUUGGCGAGUUUGGCUGGGAGAAAUUGAACCGGUACUACUCGGAUUUGCGAAAUUUAAAGUCACUCAGUUUGGACCGGGCGUUGAUAUACAAGGCAUACAAUGAUGACGAAGAAGCAGAAUUGGCCAAUGUGAUUUUUGAGCAGUUACGGAAUUUGCACACGUUGGACUUGAGCUCGAAUUUGUUUGCCGAUUUCAACGAGAUUUGGAAAAUCGUUUCCAGGUUACCGAGUUUGAGAGAAUUGAAUUUGAAUGGCAAUAGACUGAGCUCGUUGGAGGUGAGUGGGCCCGUGACAACAACUUGCUUGCAUCACUUGAAGAAGCUCAAGUUGGCAUCUACUGCCUCAAGUCCAGAUCCAAUUCCAGAUAUCAAUACUUUGAUUCGUCGUUUUCCUAGCGUUGAGGAUUUGAUCCUUUCAAGCAACCGGUUGUGCGAUGAGCAUUUGACGAGACUUGAGUUGUCAAGUCUCGCCAGUUUGCAGUCGUUGGACUUGUCAUAUAAUGAACUACAAAAUAUUCCCCACGAAAUAAACAUCGAGAAUCUCAAUUUAUCUCAUAAUAGCAUCAAGCCUGUUCCAGAUGGCACAUCAAGAUUAGAGGGGAAUGGAACAGUAAAAUCGCUAGACAUGAGGUGCAACAAUAUUUCACAUUGGCUGCAAAUUGACUUGCUUUCACAGAUUUACCCAAACUUGACCAAAUUGCGCAUCAACCACAAUCCCGUGUUUCAAGACCUCUCGAUUGAUGAGAUGACAAUCCAACUAAUUGCACGGUUUACAUGCGGUAAAGACCAUUUAAAGAAUUUGAACGGUACCAACUUGACUCAGGAGGAAAUCGAAAAUGCCGAGUUGUAUUUCAUCUCCAAAGUUCAGUCUCGUGAUUUUCGGCUUGCGAGUGAAGGUCGAUGGCAAUAUUUGCUCCACAAAUAUAACAAGCGAGACGAUUUCUCAAAUGAGUCGCUGACAACAGUUAGACCCUGGAUCACACUCAACUUGAAACUUGAAAAUGCAAAUUCAACCGUGAUGCGCAAGCGCCGAUUUCUCAAAUCGACAACUAUUCUCAGUUUUAGAGGUUUCAUCUCAUCGUCCAUGCUACAAAAUUCAUCUAUCCUCGACUUUGAAGUAUAUUUCUAUACAAACGAAGGAACCGAGUUUGCUACAGCUCACACAAUGAAAAACUACUUGAGUACCUUGAAUGACUAUGCAUUAGCCGAGAAUCAAAUCAUUCACAUCACCACCACCAUCACUUUAUCUGAGAGUAUAUAG